UUUGAGAACCGAGCUACUGAAUACCUGCGAGUAAGAGACUACUUAAAAUAAAAACGAGUGCGUAAAUUUCUAAACUUAACCGACUAUUGGAAAUAGUUGCAUUCAAAACAAAACUCACUUAGCGAUAAGAUAUGUUAUUUAAAAAAGUGUCAGUUUUCUUAUCCUUGACAUUCUACAGUGUGCAUUGCCUACCACAAAACUGUCAAACAUGCUUUAAAAGCAGAAUUGACGAACAAGUUUGUGCUUCUGAUGGAGUUACAUAUGAGUCAUUUUGUAUGAUAAAGAGAACAUCUUGUUUAUUAAACAAAGAAAUAAAGUUCGAGUGCAAUGGCAAAUGUCCAUGUGAUCCAAGUGAAAUUCUUAAACUGGAUCCAUCUACAUUACACAAACUAAAAGAUAUGCGUACUAAUUAUCAACUUGAUGAACAUCUCAAGCGAGAAAAAUACGAACAUGAAGGAAUUAAUGAAAAUAAUGAAGCAAGAAAUAUUAUGCAAGAAUUCGUUCAACAAGAUACUAUUAAUAAGAUUGCAUUAAGUCCUAAAGAAAAAUGCCCCAAAAGUAAGCUGAUGGAGUUACCUCAUCAGCUUAUUGAAUGGUUUCACAUAAUGAAGAGUAACGGAAAAGAGAGAAUAAUUCGUGAAAAUGGUACAAAAAAUGAUGAAGCUUUAAAAGAAUUAGAUUUUAUUCAAGCCAAAUUAAACUCUAUAUACAGUUCUCUCAGUUGUUCUCCUCAGAAGCAGCAAGAUAACCAAGACUGCUUGCUUCCAGUGCAAUGGAUGUUUAAUCACUUAGAUAUCAAUAGCAACAUGGAGCUUUCUUCUAAAGAAUUGGAGGAAAUACUAAUUAUGGAUAAUGAAGAAUGUAUAAAAUCUUUUUUGCAUAAGUGUGAUAAUAACAGUGAUGGCUUGGUUGUUAUGAAAGAAUUCUGCAGAUGCCUUUGUUAUACUCCACCUUGUACCAGCGCAAUGAUGGCUGUACCUAUCAUUUUAGUGAGAGGAGAACCUAAGCCUGUACCUGGUUUCUAUGUUCCUCGUUGUGAUGAAGAUGGAUUUUUUUUGCCUAAACAAUGCAACGAGUCACAAAAACAAUGUUGGUGUGCAAAUCGAAACGGUACUGAGUAUCCUGGAACAAGGGGUACAAUGGAUACAGAUGAUUUUAAUUGUGAUGAUUAUAUUCAUGACAAGAAAACAAAAAGUUUGGUUCAUUAAAACAUAUCACAUAAAAUCUUGUUUUGGUUCAUCGAUUUUUAUGUUGCUUCAUUGAAUUAAAUCCAACUUGAAUUAUUAUUUUAAAAUUACAAUCAAACGUUUAAAAUAACAAUGGUUUUUUUAAGCAUUUCAAUAUGCUACAGUUCUAUAUAUAACUGUAAUCCUUUUAUAUAAGGUGUAUUAAUUGUAUUGUACAAUUUGAUUUUAUAUAGAUUUUCUAUAUAUAUUUUUUUUUACUAUGCUUUUUUUUUUCUCCCUCUUU